AUGGCAAAUAAUUCCACUUUCUCAAUCGAAAAGAUCCUAGACAAAGCCACUCCUGGUCCUUCGAAAGAACCCCAAGAAUCUGACGAAGAUUCCGAUCCAGAAGAGCAAAAGCCGGCUGAUGGACAGGUCUUGAUGACCCCCAGCUUUUCACCCCUCGGGGGUCUGCAUCCCCUGGCUGCUUAUUCCGUAUUCCCUGCUGCUGGCCCGAUGUUCUGCAGUCCCUGGGUCCCCAGGCCCUUCCUGGGCCUGCAAGCCCCAAAACCCCAAGGAAGAAGGGCCAGGAAAGCGGGGAUCGACCGGAAACCCCGCCAAGCCUACAGUGCGAAGCAGUUGGAACGCUUGGAGGCUGAAUUCAAGCAAGACAAGUACCUGAGCGUGAGCAAAAGGAUGGACCUGUCCAAGACCCUGAACCUAACCGAGGUCCAGAUCAAGACCUGGUUUCAAAACAGGCGCACAAAAUGGAAGAAGCAGAUGACGGCUCGAAUGAAAAUGGCGCAACGCCAAGGACUCCUCGCGCCGUUUUUCCCAGCACCACCAGGCUUUAUGCACCCUUUCCUGGCACACCUGUAUUCCACCACCAGCACCCUACAGCUCCCUCAACCCUCCACUGACCAGAAAAGCCCGGAAGCAUCUUCUUAA